AUGGGUAUAUCCAUUAGGCAAGCUACUAUUAAUGAUAUCCAGGCGAUGCAGAAUGCUAAUUUGCAUAAUUUACCUGAGAAUUAUCAAUUGAAAUACUAUAUGUAUCAUAUUCUAUCGUGGCCACAGGCAAGUUACGUAGCAAUUUCAUAUGGGGUUCAAGAAAAUGGAGAAGACAGUGGUAAUCAUGGAGAAAUUACCGAUCCAAAAGGAGACAGUACAUAUGUUAAUAAAAACGAAAAGGUCAUCGGUUAUGUUCUAGGAAAAAUGGAGGAUGACCCAGAGGCUGAGGACAAGACACCUCAUGGCCACAUAACUUCUCUAUCCGUCAUGAGAUCUUACCGAAGAUUGGGGAUAGCAGAGAAGCUAAUGAGACAAUCUUUAUAUGCUAUGUGCGAGUCUUUUGACGCUAAGUACGUCUCAUUGCAUGUUAGAAAAUCUAACAGAGCGGCAUUGCAUUUAUACAGAGAUUCACUCAAGUUCGAAGUUACUUCUAUAGAAAAAUCAUAUUAUCAAGAUGGAGAAGAUGCAUAUGCCAUGAGAUUAGAUUUGAAAAUUGAGGAGCUACUACCAUCGACUGCUCAAGAUGGCGAGGAGGACGACUUAUCGAAAGAUCUAUUAGAAAAUUUGUAG